AGAAGAUGGCACGUCAAGGUCGUACCAUUGAGCCAAUUUGGAGCACAGAAAAGCUCACAUAUCGCACUCAUCAACGGACUGAUCGGCGCGCUCUCGCGUCUGAUGCGUAAUACUUUAUGCUAGCUGGAACAAAAUCAGCACAAGUCUCGCCGAGGACUUCGUCAUCUCGAUUUGACUGUUGCUUUUUGGACCUGAACCUUGCCUUGCUCGCCCUAAAGCCGCUCGCUAACUAAGCUUUCCAAUAAAAUCUGCUGACUUUGUCCAUCUUGAAACAAUUGCUGCCUGGCUCUCUCCUGCAGUAUAUUCACCCUCGCGUCCACCUGACAUCUUGGCCUUUCGCAGGCUUUACGCAAGCAAACAUGACGCGCUCCCCUUACACUCCUAGGUGCAAGUUGUCUGUCUUCACCGCCGCCUCUUCCCUUUCUUUCUGCGCGAUGACGGCAGUAUCGCCCGUUGCUGUCGCCCAGCAUGCCUUUGCUCCCUCGUUAUCCUGGGCGCCUGCGUCGCGGCCACUUGUGGCCAGCCACAAAGCGCUGCCCAGCGACGCCGACAAGGCCGCUCGGCCGACCCUGGGGUGCAACCCUUCGCAGGGUCCCAAACACAGAGAUACCGCCGAGGCGCAAGGGAUCAGCAGCCCUGCGCUCAGCGCAACCGGGCAGAUCAUUGCGCUUGAUGUCACUGCGAGUCACAUCGCAAUCGUCUCUCUCUCCCUGUCGAGAGGUGAAGCGAAAAGUAUCACAAUCAACCCGACGCUAGACUUCGUUCCUGGUGAGGGCGCACAGAAAUAUUACCUCGGCGUCUUUGAGACGCAAAACGCCUACCAGGCACAGAUCAUUCAUCCUCUCCCAAACCCCAUCACAUUUGCGCUUUUGCGAACUGCUCUUCCUCGUCGGUGA